AUGUCCAUCCAAAGUGUUACCGGAACUCCUCAACCGGCCAAGCGCUCGUCCAAGAUGGCUUCUGCUCAGUCUCUCAACCAUCUGCUCAACUUCACCCUACCUCCGAGGCAGUCUCACCAGAGCUUGCCGCGGAGGGGUAGGAGGUCAAGCGUUCACCCGGCUGUUUGGAACAAGGAGAGGUUUGUUAACGCUCAGUAUCGGUUUGUUAUGAAUCCCAGCGGCGACUAUACUGUACAUUUUGCUGAUCCGGACAUCUUCUUCCAGUGGGACGACAUUCUCCAGGUCAUUGUACCCCGCGUUUCUGCUAUAGCCUCUGCUGCAGGUUCAGAAGAGCAACUUCUUCAAGAUGAAGGUGUUAUGACGUGCCCGAUCUGUCUGUCCCCUCCUACUGCGCCUAGGAUGACCAAGUGUGGUCAUGUAUUCUGCUUUCCAUGUAUCCUGCACUAUCUUAAUACCAUGGAUAAUAACAAGUGGGCGCGAUGCCCGAUCUGCUUCGAUUCGGUCAACGAGAGACAACUCAAGAGCGUCAAAUGGUUUGACGUAGUCCCCUUGCCUGACGAUGCCGAGGAGGUCCCUGCGGAAGCCUCGUCCUCGUCCGCCUCGCUCGAUGAUGGACUAGUUGCUACACCUCACGCAGGCUCUGCUCUGCAGAUGCGACUCAUUCAACGACCUCAGAUUACGACGCUCGCGUUGCCUCGCUCGAAAACCUGGCCAUCUGACUUGUUGCCUCCGCAUCAGGCUCCCUUUCACUUCCUGCCCGACGUCUUUGCCUAUUCGAAGUUCAUGCUUGCCACUCCUGCGUAUUUGAUUACGGAUCUCACAAGGGACCUUGAUGACCUGGCCACGGAGCGGCGGGUGCUGGCCAGCAUGGGCGAUGACCUCAGUGUGAGCUUUGUAGAUGCAGCUGACGCCAAACUGCGAGAGCAGCUGGCCAAAGCGGCUGCCUUGGAGACCCCUCAACUGCAGGAGGCGGUGGACAACGCUCUUCAUGCCCAGCGGCAGAUCUCCGAUCGCUCUAUUCUCCAUACCAGACGAAGGAAUGAAGAGCAGUCUCGCCUGAUCCCUGCAGAAGAGAUUCCUCAAGACUUCUUGGCUACGCGAAGUGGGUCUCACACCCCUUCCUUCAUUCCGCAGCCGUCUCCUGCUCCGACGCCUCCGUCUCCCUGUACACCAUCGUCCACAUCACAGCGCAACCCUAGACAACGUCGCAAUCUCAAUCCUCCUCCUCCAUCCACAUCCACAUACUACUACUAUCAGGCUGCGACAGGCAUGCCGAUCUUCUUGCACCCGCUCGACAUCCGGAUUCUCUUCUCGCAUUUCAACAGCUAUGCAGCAUUUCCGGAUACCAUAACUGUGCGUGUAGAGUCGUAUGCGGAGAGUACCGUGAACGACGACUUGCGAAAGCGCUGCAAAUACCUCGCGCACUUUCCGGAGGGCGCCGACGUGGUAUUUGUGGAGGCUGAUCUCGAGGGGGUCGUUGGCAGAGAGGGUCUGAAGAACUUCGAAGGCCUUCUCAAAAUGCGCCGUGCGAGGCGCAAGGAGAAGAACAGGAAGGACGAUAGAGCUCGCGCUCGUGCAGAGGAGCAUGAGAGAGAGAAGUUUACGCAGGUCUGGAGCCAAAUGGGACAUACUGUACCUUCGCCCUUGCUUGUGCAGAGGCCAUCAUCGCCUGCGGACAUCGAUGAGCCCUCUGAGUCUUUGGCAGAACAUCAACCACAGCAGCAGCUUGCAGGCGCAUGGGGUGCCAGGAGCUUCGCUUCCGCGGCACAAGCUGCACAAGGUCAUCCGAUGACGCAGCGGCCUCCAUUGCGCCGAGAGAGGGAGAUAGAGAGGGAAGAGGACGAGUGGGAUGUUGACGCCGCAUUCCACGAACUGGAGCAGAGGGGCAACAGGACUGGAGGCAAGAAGAGGAACGCGAGGAUGAUGGUGUUAGGAAGCGGCGGAGGGAGGAGACGAUGA